CAACACCACACACACACUCCCCCAUCACGUCACGGCGCGGCGUUUCGAGACGAACCGGCUGAACACCACGAUCCACGACUCCUACAGCGACAACCACCAUGACAACAAUGGGCGACCCGCCCAGCGGUUCUCCGCCUCUAAAUGAUGUCAGCUCAUCGCCGAUACUGCGCUACACUCGCUACUACUACCCGCUAGUACUGUUCCUCUUCUUUACCAUCUCCCUCGGCGUCUGGGGAAUAGCAACGUCGGAAUCGUCGAAACCGACGCCGCCGCCAGUAAACGGUAUCUACGAGAAUGGACGGGCGUCGAAAAAGAAGGAGCGCAAACCGUCGGGGCCGACGCUGUUCAGGCGACUCGCAGCGCGCUUUCCGGGCGGAAUACAGCAGCAGGAGGCGUCGGAUGUGCGGCGAUUGGGCGAUCUGCGCAAGGCAUUCAUGAACUGGCUGUUGGGAGGUGUUUUGGCCACGCUUAUGGCGAAUGCUACGAACGUCAUCGUGCACACACUGCUGGACCACAGCUGGUGGUGCGGCAAGGACUAUGUGAUUUCCAACAUCGCCCGCUUCUUUACGUACGCGCUACUCCUGAUCUCGCAGAUCGAUGCCCGGCUGAAUCCUACCUUUCCGCAUUUCUUCACCUGGAUGCUUGGGCUCGCUGGUGAGAUUCUGUUGGUGGUGGCAAGGAUCACGGCAUACAAGGCGCACCAACAGAAGAAACACCCGGGAGGAAAGCACCAAAUCAAAUGGGGAUCCUAUGAGAUCGUGGAUAUCUCGAUCGACAUGCUACGGACUUGCAUCCUGCUAAUCCUGAUCGUCACGUACCUUGCUCUGAUUGUGAUCCCCAGUCCGGUUUCCCAGCGGGGUGAUGCGGAGGAGACAACCGGGCUGCUUGCGAACGGAAACGGCACCGAAUCCGACGGCGAACAACCAGCGUACGGCUCAAUCCCCUCCAAAAAGAACGGGCUUUCGGAAUCAAAAGUCCCCGCUGGAUGGGGGCGGAGAACAAAUGUUGGGAAGCAAAGCUGGUGGGAGUACCUAAGAGGCUAUGCUAUUUUCUUCCCCUACUUGUGGCCCAGCAAGGAUCGGCGGUUACAGAUCGUGAUGAUUCUCUGCUUCAUCUUGGUAACGCUUCAGCGCGGAAUCAAUGUCGCGGUGCCUCACCAGUUGGGGCGGGUGACGGAUAUUCUCAGUGGCGAGGAUGGCCCGCCGCGUCUUCCAUGGGACCAGAUUCUGUUGUACAUCAUGUACCGGUUCCUACAGGGUAAUAUGGGUUUGCUCGGCGCGGCUCGAAGCGCCCUCUGGAUACCGAUCGGCCAGUACUCGUACCAGGCGCUUUCGACGUCGGCUUUCGAGCACGUCCAUUCGCUGUCCUUGGAUUUCCAUCUGGGAAAGAAGACGGGAGAGGUUCUCAGCGCUCUCAGCAAAGGUAAUGCGAUCAACAAUUUCCUGGAGCAAGUGACAUUCCAGGUCGUACCAAUGCUGGUGGAUUUAGCCGUGGCUGUUGCAUAUUUCAUGAUCAAGUUUGAUGCGUACUAUGCCCUCAUCGUCGCCAUUGUUACAUUUGUGUAUCUCUACCUCACUGUGCGCCUGGCACAAUGGCGUGCCGAUAUCCGUCGCGAGAUGGUCAACAUGUCACGAGAGGAGGACGCAGUCAAGAACGACUCCAUGAUUGCGUACGAGACGGUCAAAUACUUCAAUGCCGAAGAUUAUGAAUUCGGACGAUACAGGAAUGCGGUCAGAGCAUACCAGAAGGCUGAGUACAGGGUGCUCCUGUCGCUUAACGUCAUGAACGUCUCGCAGAACGUCGUCUUCACCCUCGGAUUGCUGAUAGCCUGCUUCCUCGCCGCCUACCAAGUAAACCAGGGAGAUAUCAAGGUUGGAAGAUUCGUGGCACUAUUGACAUACCUUGCCCAGCUGCAGGGUCCGCUCAAUUUCUUCGGCACGUUUUACCGCAGCAUCCAGUCUUCUAUGAUCAACUCGGAACGCAUGCUGGAACUGUUCAAAGAGCAGCCAACCGUCGUCGACAAGCCAGGAACCAAGAAAUUGGACGUCUGCAACGGCGAAAUCCGGUUCAGGGACGUCGAGUUUUCCUACGACAACCGCAAGCAGGCCCUCAAAGGACUCGAUUUUCUCUGCAAGCCCGGAACUACCACGGCAUUCGUCGGAGAGUCUGGUGGAGGAAAGACCACUAUUCUUCGAUUGCUCUUUAGGUUCUACGCAGCGCAAGCAGGCUCCAUUGAGGUUGACGGCCACAACGUCGAAGAUAUCACGAUCAAUUCGCUGCGAGAGCACAUUGGCGUGGUACCUCAAGACACCGUGCUGUUCAACGAAACCAUCAUGUACAACUUGAGAUACGCGAAUCCCGAGGUCACGGACGAGAUGGUAUAUGACGCCUGCAGAGCCGCCAGUAUCCACGACAAGAUCCUUACGUUUUCGGACGGAUACAAUACUCGUGUGGGAGAGCGUGGACUUCGGCUUUCCGGAGGAGAGAAGCAGCGUGUCGCCAUUGCGCGCACCAUUCUCAAGAACCCCAAGAUUAUUCUUCUGGACGAGGCGACUGCGGCUCUGGAUUCGGAGACGGAGCAGCACAUCCAGGCUGCACUUAAGGAGCUUGCCAAGGGCCGCACCAUGCUCGUUAUCGCCCAUCGCCUUUCUACCAUCAUCGCCGCGGAUCAGAUCCUCUGCAUUCACGAAGGCAAAGUCGCCGAGGCCGGCUCGCACGACGAAUUAAUAGCCCUCAACGGACGGUACAAGGGCAUGUGGAGCAAGCAGAUCCGGGCACAAAAGGUUGAGAAGGCGAAAGCGCGUCUGGAGGAGAGCCCUGACACACCGAUGAUCUCCUCCACGUCAUCGUCGGUGUCGGGCGACAACGGCUCAGAGCGGGCCAUCCCAGACGGCCAGAACACGGCGGGCGCCGCACCAGCCAUGGAACCCACCGAGAUCACGCCGGCCACUAGAGACGCCGAGGAUGUGUUUGAUAACCUGCCGUCGGGCGCGUCUACUCCCGGUAAUGGAGGGGAGUCGUCAUCCGCGGGACUUAAAAGGAGCGGCAGCGGCGCGUCCAUCGAGAAGGGGCGCUGGAGCGCAAAAGGUCUGAGGAAAGCCCUCGGCAAGAAGGGUGGCAUCUUGCACAAGCGCGGUCCUAGCACCGACGCAUAAUCCCCAUAAAGAUACGCACACGACGAUAAUGAUUGACGACGUGAUGGGCUAGAGUUAGGAAGCCCGAUUAUUUUUACACAAAAGCGUGA